AUGAACUUUGAGCCUGUGAUUCAGAGGCCAAAGAACAACCACAGCAAAACAGUGAAAGACAGUGUUUAUUAUCCCAGUGUUGUCAGCCUACGCCAGGACAACAUGGAGGAGAGCACGGAUAAUCCUCAAAAUGAAUUGAAAAGCCGCACGGAGGAGCUGCGUCUUGUUCUUUUUGGUCACGGAUGGCUCCAGAAGAGUUUAACCGGAAACACAAUUCUUCAACAAAAAAUGUUUGACACCGGGCGAGACGUGAAGAUGUGCGUCAGGAGGCAGACCCUGAGCCAAGACGGAAAACGAAUGAUCAUGGUCAACACUCCAGACAGAUGGCUCCAAUACCACGUACAAGACCCCAGUUUAAUGAACGACAACAUGGCAGAGUGCUUGUCCAUGUGUCAACCCGGACCACAUGCCUUUCUCAUGGUGGUGCCUCUUGGACUGAGCCAAGGCAGAGAGUGGACAGUGGAAGGACCUUUGUCACUGCUCAAUGAUCACGUAUGGAAGAAGACUAUUGUCGUAUUCACCAGACCUGAAAAGUUAAAUGGGAUUACAGUAGAAGAUUACAUCAUAGAGAGGCCGUUUCUCAAGCCGCUUCUGGAGCGAUGUGGACACAGACACCAUCUUUUAGACACCAGCUUUUAUGGACACGAGAGUCAAGUGCGAGAGCUACUGGAAAGAAUUGGUGCAAUGGUGGAGGAGGACACACAGAAUUGGGGUUCAACUGAAAUGGAGAACAGAGAAAAGGUGGAGGUGAAAGCCAAAGUCAGGCAAAGUGAUGUAAGGGCGACAAAAAGUGCGCUGAGAUCCCUUUUUGAAACGCAUGCACCAGCUAAAGAGCAACAUAUUCUGGUCGUCGGUCGAAAGCAAGUGGGAAAGUCUUCUACUUGCAAAACUCUCCUCUGCCAAGCUCAAGUUCACACCAAGAAGAUCACAGUAGUGGACACUCCGGGGUGGCAUGGCCGUGAGAAGGAAGAAGCUCGGCAAAGCAUAGUAGUAGAAGGAGAAAGGUUUGACAAAAAGCUGAGAGAGAUGCUGGAGCUACGAGGUCACAUGGAAGCAGAGGCGAUUAAGCUACAAGAGGAGAAAAAACGCCUAGAAACCGAAAAUGAAUGUACCAAAAUGAUGCUGCAUUCAGUGGUGACAGAGGUCCAAAAGCAGUUUAAGAAGAAGCUCAAUCUUCAGAGGAAAAUGGCAACAGAUGUGAGCACUUCAGAGAUGCUUUUCAGGCUGGAAAAUGAUGAAGAUGAUCACAGCAGCCAAUCACGUGAAGUUGAAAAGAAGCCUCAGUCUCCCCUCUCUUCUGGAUGGGUGCUGGCUGCAGGAGCUGCCCUGGGAGCUGCUCUGGGUUCUGCGCUCGGAGGUGUGGGGGGGCGGAGCCAGCAGAGGGGUGUGGUUGAGGGAUUUCUCACAGCCGCCCCCAAAACGGCAGUUUUGUUCCAGAAUCCCUCAAACCUCGUCCUUGACUUCUGGGAGGGGUAUGAGGCGGGAAACUGGUCGCAGGUAGAAGAACCGGAAGGAAGGAAGCCGGGUCUGAGCAAAGAGAGGGAAACUGAGGGUGGCGUAGCAAAGGAGUGA